AUGGUCGGUCGCGAUGGUAAUCUUACCAACAAGAUUGUUGCUGUGGCACUGGCUCCAGUCGAAGACUAUGACAACUAUAUGUGGUUCAACAGUAAAAUUCUACACCAUGGCUUUCUACUGACUGCAUGCCCAGUCUUUAGCGAUCGCAACGUCAGCCCGGUGUCGGUCGCAGAAUCACUCGGGAUCUUCAACAUGUUUUGUGUUGGUCACACCAUCGUCAGACUAGCCGUGACUCAAGAGCAAUUGGUGUGGGAGGCGAACGCAGCUUUGUCUCAUGCCGAAUACGAUGUCGCUAUCGGAAAGCUUAAUGCUGUAAACCCAGCAGCUGCAAUUUAUCUUAGUGUCAUACCUGCAAAGCAGGUUUCGAAGCUAGAAAGAAAGUACACCCGUCGAGUUUUUAAUACGAUCUCUGAUGUUGCUGCUGAACUGCAAGAAGCGGCUACUUGA